AUGUCGCUGACGGAGGUGGUGGUUUCGUCAGAAGUGUGGCUGACGUGUGCCACGCACGCGCUCUCCACGGAAGCGGAGGAAAUCAUGGGUCUGCUGCUCGGGGAUAUCGAUUACGACUACAGUGGACGAACUCCAGUGGUCUCUGCAAAGAUUUGGGGCGCUGCCCCGCAGGUUCGGGCAGACAGGAGAAAAGAUCGAGUCGAGACGACUCCCGAGCAGCUGGCAGCAGCUUCUGCCGAGGCUGACAGGAUGUCAGCAGCCACUGGCAUGAGGACACGUGUCAUUGGGUGGUACCACUCGCACCCACACAUCACUGUUCAUCCAUCCCAUGUCGACGUGCGCACACAGGGCAUGUAUCAGAUGUUGGACGAGGGCUUCGUGGGGCUCAUAUUCUCUGCCUUCAACCGAGCCUCCUCGCAUGCCCAGGCGGGUCAAUUGCAGGCAGUGGCGUUUCAGUCCGUGUCAGCACGUGACAAGGAGCAGCGGGAGCAGAAGUCUCGGCACACCCCGGCACGGGGGCAGUGGGCGCAGCUGGGCACCAAGAGAGAGCACUCGUCGCACCCCUCUGUCUCAGACCUCGAGCCGCAGGAGCUGGCAGUGGUGCUGGCUGCUGUGGAUGAUGACGUCCCAUCAUCUGACUUCACAGCAUGGGAGGUGCCAAUAAAGGUGGUUUCUUCAGCCCGAGCCUUCCCCUCCCUGCCCCGUGCACAUGCCGUGGCGCCCCUGACUGGGCUGCAGCGGAUGCUGUUGUUGGAGGAGAAGGAGGCGUAUGAGAAGGCGGUGGAAGAGGCGCACAGACACGGCGACCCCAACCCGUUGGAGCUGAUUCACCACCAUGCCACCUAUCAAGCUGCUCUGUGCCGCUUAAUGGAAACCUGCCUCGUCCCGGCCAUCGCCGCUCUGGAAGACAUAACUCGGAGCAACAAAGCAGCGUUGAGUGCUCUGCACGUCUCCUCCCCUCACUCUCCCAUCGCCUCCUCUCCACCUCCCAUGUCCUCUUCUCAACCUGCUCCUGUGACACCUGGUGUGACACCUGGUGUGAGAUCUGGCACAGAAGCAGCAGCACUGCCUGUCGUAUCAAGGUCUGUUGGACCUUCCACUCGGGACACGCGCACACGGGCAGGGGGGCCUGCAAAACGGCAUUCUGGCAAUUCCAGUCAUUCCAGGGAAACAGGGCAGGCGAUGGGGCAGGUGCAAGCCUCACGGCGUGACGCCCCUGCACGAGGCGACAGGGCAGGUCAGAGGAUCCCUGCUCUGUCAGCAGGUAUGGGCACAGGCACAGACGGAGGCAUGGUUACAGGCACGGCCACAGGCGUGAGCACAGCGGCGCACCUCAAGGCAGUGCUGGCAACAGUGUUGGGCGAGUUCCGUGACGUCGACACGACAGAAGCAGUGUCGCAGAUCGCAGAGCUCUGCCAACUGCUCUCAGUCACCGACCCGCACUGCCUUCCCAGCGCAGUGACUCACCUUUCAACGCGCGCAUGGCACUGCGAGCAGCUGCUGCGGCGGAUGCAGCAGACCCAGGCCAGCCUGCAGACAAGACAGGAGCAGGUCACAGCUCUGGCUGAGUGCAUCGAGAGCUGGAAGGCGCAGCUGCUAUCGGACGAUGACAUCAGCAGGGCCACUGAUGACGUGGCAGACAAAAUCAGGAGAACGUCACAGGAGCAGCAGCAGUUGAGCCUGCAGCGAUCUGCCGCUCAGGGCUCACUAGAAGCUGCGGGGUACAGUGCUGACGUGGACAUGGCCGCCCUGCUACAGCUGGCAGCGGAGGUGCAGGGGGAGGAGGAGGAGGUGGGGCGGCUGCAGCACGAUCUGGCGAUCUACUCCGACCUGCCCACGGACAUCACUCUGGCCCGCACGCACCUGCAGAGCGAGAGGGAGCGCCUGAGGGCUCUGUCUCGAAAGCUGGAGGCGUGGAGUAUGGGGGAGGAGGUGGAGGAGGGGGAGGACAGGGAGGGGUACGGGCAUCAGUCUCCCGGAGAGGGAGGGGGGAUGGGGACGUGGGGCGUGGGGGGCCAAGGGGAGGGGCGGACGGGGUUUGGGUUCUUGAGUGACUCGAUGAGGAUGCAAGGUGGGGAGAGGGAGGGUGGGGACGUGGAGGAUGGGGGAGCCAUAGGAGGGUGGGGUGGGGGCUCGUGGGCCCGGCCCACAUGCCCUGGCAGGCCGGACGGUGAAGGCAGAGGGGGCAAGGGGGAUGAGUUGGAUGCGGUGGAGUGUGGUGAGUGGCUGCAGUGGGGCGAGCUGGGUUUGACUGCGUCCAGGUGGGAUGUGGGGGAGGUGCAACUGAGGGAGGGGUGGACCAGGGAAGAUUGGGACACGAGGGAGGGUGAGUGGGAGGAGAAGCAGGAGGAAGGGGAGGAGGUGGAAGAGGCAGGGGAGGAGGAAGUGGAGGAGUGGGGGAAUGACGAAUUGAAGGAAGAGUCAAAGGAGGAAACGGAGCUUGCAGAAGCAUCCAAUGGUGCAGAGGACGGCUGGGGUGUAGCUGCACUCCUUAUCCCAUCACCCGAGUUGGCUCUUAAAGGGGAUGGAGAGAAGGCAGCAGCCGCAGCACCUCCCGUACCUCCUGCACCGCCCGAAGGAGUCUUUUUCGGUGACUGGGCAGCUGAAAAAGAUCCUCUCCGGGCAGAGACUACAGCAGGGACUGUAGCAGGAGCAGGGGAGAGCGACGGCAGAGGCAAGCAUAUAUCCAUGGUGCGACGGCGGGUGUGGCCAGGGCGAGACGUGACUGUAACAGGUGCAUGCACAGCACCUGUUCCUGUAGCAGACGUGACUGUAGUGGGUGAUUCUGCAGACUUGCUGGUGGGAGUGUUGUGCCCUGCCAGCUGGCACUGCCACGUGGCACACUUCCACAGGUCGGUCGACUGCAGUGCCGCCCACAACUCCUGCUGCUGCCGCGCCACGUCCGCUUGCCCCGUGCGCCGCCAGCUGCGCUCGUGCGCGACCGGGGCUCCGCACACGGUCGCGGGGAAGGGAGGCGGCGGAAGGAGUGGCGCUCAUCCAGUCAGCGGGGGAAACCGCUGUGGUGGCGGAGAAGUUUCUGCGGCGGGGAGCCGCGCGCGACCACUGCUGCGACGGUUGUAG